AUGAUCCUCAUCACCGGAUUCCAGCUGACCAGCAGCAGGAGAAGAAUGAUGCGCGAGCUGAUGGUCGUGGCAGAUAGGGAUAGUAGAGCCAGCAGAUCUACUGGAAGAGCCGGCUCCUUUGUUCCUGGUAGCACUAAAAGUAAGGAAAAAGCUGCGGGGGCUUCGAGGAGCGAACUAGACCAAGUCGUAGGACCACGACCUUCUUCAAAGACAAAAAUUACACGGCGGCUAAAAUCCGGCUGGUCAGCACGAACAGCAGAAACUACAGCACACGACCCAUCGGCUGAACAAGAAGUAGGUGCAGAAAUAAAAAACCGCGUUUUGGCGUACGUGCAGAAGGUGAAGACGCAGUUCACCAUUGUGGUCAAGUCCGACGCGCUCGCGAGCGCGGUGUCCGCGAACCCGAAUUCCGCGUUGGCCCAGACAUUGGCGGCGGCGAACCCGUCGGUGCAGUCUGCGAUCGCGGGCACGACGGAUAGCACCGUGCUGCAGCAGCAACUACAGCAAUCGUUCGUGAUGGCCGAUUUCUACAGUGCGGUGUCGCAACUCUCCUCGGAGCUGCAGAAAACCGAGAUCGCGGAGCAAAUCACGCAGGAGACCAACACGGCACUGACCACGGUCGCAUUGGACCCCACGAUCUUCAUAGAAGGCCCGCCCACGCAGUCAGGCGCAGAGGUAUUUUUUUCUAUACCAUAGCCAUUAGUAUUAGAGAACUAUAGACUCGUAGCAACUUGACCAAAAAGGUGAGACCAAAGGUAUGGGAAUCUAAAUCGCGAUAAUACUGUGACGAAAACUUGACCAAAACCUGACGAAAACUUGACCAAACCGAAAAACAGCGACUUUGUGAAAAUUGGCCAAGCGCGAUGCUAUGGCUGAUUUAUUCUAUGGGCCAUUUUGACGAAAACCUGAGGAAAAGCUCUAGACGUCGGGGGUUUUUGGUUUUUUUGUCAUUUUUUUCCCCGACGGUAUACGCCGGACCUAUAGCAAAGGAGACGAACGACGUCUAGACGUCCGAGAAAAAAUUUCGCCUAUCACGGGCGAACGGCUGAGCAAAGUUGACCAAAAGUUGAGGCCGACCGCUAGAGGUCGACCUCUAGAGCUUUUGGUCAACUUGUGAAAAAAACGAAGCAGAAUCCCGCGCGGCAAAAAUUUACGGCGGCAGUUAUCCAUCGGGGCAAAUUGCUUCAGGCGUCAGCAAUUCACUAGUGUCUGCGCCUUUUGCUAAAGAAGAACGCUACAGGCCGGCCAGCCAGAGGCCCGGUUGCAUUUUAAACGCAAAAGCCUGGAACCCUCUGGGGCUUUGGCCCUCGACGUAUGGAAGCCAGCCGCGCCCCAAAACGGCGCCAAAAGCAAGAAAGCGCCACAAAAUGCCGCGGCCCCCUUCGCCUUAGCUUAAGGUCUCGGCGAUGUUGUGCCCCUCUCGUUUUGUGUUUUCCCCUAUUGGUCUUGUUGUGCAGCUGCACGGCAAACGAACAAACAUAGCGGAGCGCUGCCAGGGAUUGCCCAACACUCGCAUGUUGGUCCUGCCUUUGCUUCGCUGCCAUUCCUACUACAUGCCCCUGCGUGUUGCGAGGAAGUCCAAGCCAUCGGCAGCCCGCCUCCCCGCCUUUGUAUGUGGUGGCGCGCGUGCUGGCGUCGUCCAUCCGUCAUCGCUGAAAAACGAAGGCGACGGAUGGGCAUCGGCCCAGCGGCCCAUUUGGCGCACUGCCUUCCCGAACAACCCCGGCCAGACAUUUUCCAGGGUUUGGCCGCCAAAUGUGAAGCGCCCCCUUGUUGUAUGUGCCCAGGUGCCUGCCGGCUAGAUUUGCCGGGCUUUCUGGCUUGGCUUGAAAGCGCCGGCCGGGCGGCGCGGUCCGUCGGAACGGUGUAGCUUGGCCCGGCCGCACCGUCUCCCCCACUUUGCUUCCUACUCAAUGAGGCCAAAGCAGCGAGGAGCGGAGACUGACAUAGAGGCAAGGAGGUAACGCCACCCGACCGAUAUACCUCCCGACAUGCCUCCCGAUACCCCUUCCGAUAUGCCUCCCGAUACAUAUGCCUCCCGAUAUGUAUACCUCCCGAUAUGUGUACCUCCCGAUAUGUGUACCUCCCGACACACCUCCCAAUAUACCUCCCAAUAUACCUCCCAAUAUCCCUCCCGAUACCCCUCCCGAUACCCCUCCCGAUAUCCCUCCCGAUAUCCCUCCCGAUAUACCUCCCGAUAUACCUCCCGAUAUACCUCCCGAUAUACCUCCCGAUAUACCUCCCGAUAUCCCUCCCGAUAUACCUCCCGAUAUCCCUCCCGAUAUCCCUCCCGAUAUCCCUCCCGAUAUCCCUCCCGAUAUGCCUCCCGAUAUGCCUCCCGAUAUGCCUCCCGAUAUGCCUCCCGAUAUGCCUCCCGAUAUGCCUCCCGAUAUACCUCCCGAUAUACCUCCCGAUAUACCUCCCGCGCCCUUGUGGAAGCGCGGAGCGGGCUGCUGUGGCCCUUGUUUUUGCCGGUUACGCAGGUGUGGCAUCCCCGCCCGCGCCCCCCCUACCCCCCCCAGACGGUUCCAGGGGCCGGUGGGUAGCCAGAUCAGGGCUGCUAAACACCGGCCGCUCGGCUUUUUUGAUGUUUGGCAAAGAAAGGAGUUCGCGGGCGGGCCAGCUAAAUUAAUCACCCGGGCGGGGCAGCGUUGCUUUCGCCAGCCCUGCGCUGGUUUGGGGCGUUGUGGCUGCCCUUUUUUGGUUCUCUUGCGUGCCAUACAAGCUGCAAACCCUUUGGUCUCUCCGUUGGUUUCCAAAAGACCUACGGCCCUCUAGUUAUGAAAAAUAUCCCGCGCCGUUGUGCCUUCUCCACGGCGGCGCGAGCGACGAAUACUUUUACUUGUCAUCAUAUUACGUUCGGAAUCGGAUGGACUAGAAUACGGCGCUUUUCAUCAUUUUCUUGCUGUGAUAGAAGUGUCUUGUAUGAUGGUCGCGAUUUUUGAUCCUUCACGUGCGCUGCCACGAACUACACUUUUUGACGCUAUUGUGCUAUAAUAGCAUAAAGUUCAAGUUUCUCCUCCUACUUCACACCAAAUCUGAAAACACGACCAGAUGACGAGCGUAGAAGUGGCGGUGGUGGGGAGUUCUUAUGCGACCACUGCUGUGCCAAUCGCGACCACCACGACCCCCGCGCCCGCGGUUGUGACCACCACCACCACGACGGCCGCGCCCCUCCUGGUCGAGGAGACGGAAGCGGCCACCAUUCUGGGCAUCGACCAAAACCUGUUUCUGAUUUUCUGCGGCGCGGUCUUCCUCCUCACGGUCAUCGGCCUCUCGCUGUACUGCUACAAGCUGAAGCUGGACCGCCUCCGGCGGGAAGAGCGGGAGGAGGCGGAGCGGCAGGCCCGGCUCGCGGAACUCCGGCGGCUGGCCAGCUUGAAACUGGAGGAGGAGAGCAGCGAGGACACCUUUGUCGCGGUGAUCGAGGAGGAGCGAAAGCAGGCGGAGACGGAGGGCCGCAUCCCGCCCCCCUCCCUGCCGAAGAAGUUCAAGAUGGCCAAGAUCCGCGGGGAGUGGGACACCGUCGGACUGCCCCGGUUCGAUAUGGCGUUCUCAAACGUUACAUUCUCAACUGUUACAUGAAUUUGUCAUGCAAAAGUGCCUGCAGCCGGCAGAUGAUCGAGCUGCUUCGCAUGACAAAUUUCGGAAGAGCUAAACUAACAGCAUCUAAAUCUGCGCCAAGCUUGUAAUGCAAAAGGCGCAAUCUUCCUCCUUUCACUUUUCUUUGGUUUUGCCAGUCUUGCAUUACAAAUUCAUGUAACAGUUGAGAAUGUAACGUCUGAGAACUCCAUAUUCGACGACGAGAAAUCCGUGUACUUCAACCGCCUGCUCUAUGGAAGUGUCAGAAUCGAAAUUGACAAAAUCGAAAAAUUUGUGAUGCACAAAAUCGAUGUCAGUUGGAGCCUCAGUUUCCAAGUGGCGCAUGACAAAUAUCGGGAGCACCCAAAUCCAAACUGUCAUGCAGUUUGGGCAAAGAAGACUCCUCCUUUCAUGCUACUCUGGCAGCACAUUUUAUACCCCUAAACAGGCUCACAAUCGGUCUCAUUUGCCUGCUCCCCAAUACAGGCCUUCAGUGCCCUACAUUUUACGCAUCACAAAUCAUGUCGAUUUUGUUGAUUUCGAUCCUGACACUUCCAUAUGCUCGUGCGGGACACGCUGCGGGCCAAGACCAUCGAGCGGUUUGGCAAGGCGAAUAGCAGUAUCAUGCUGCGGGAGAAGGACGUGCCGAAGGAGGUGUUCGAGGUGGCGACAUCCCGCGACGAGAGGAAAAACGCGCGGAUCUGGGACAUUCCGGCCUUCGCGCGGAAGGUGCGCCCGGUUCUAACCGAGUACUGGAACUGGCGCCCCUCCUACUCGCGCCAGGUCGCGCCGGACGCGAAACAAGACACGGCGGGCGAGUUCGUGCCCUCCCCGACGACAAGUAUGGUUGUCUCCGCGGGGGAAACGCGGGCGGUCAAGGGCCAGAAGCCGGAUUAUGAUCCUAGUAGUGCCGCUGCCGGGACCGCGGCCCCCUUCUCGAAGCGGGUCGAUCUCCUGGCCGCCACCGACGACGGCCACGACCACCUUUCUCCGGAAGAAAGGGCGGCGAAGGCGGCCAAAAUGACCGCGGUGCUGAGGCAUAACGAGGAGGCACGCCGGACCGACGGCAAUCGCCCCGUGGUGGCGGAGACCGUAGCGGGCGAGCGAAAAUUGGAAGACACCGUCACGCCGAAGGGAAAACGGAAAAAGCACAAGAAGAUCGUGCACUACUAG